GAGAAGCUAGGAAAACAGUUCUGACUAAGCCAAGUGACUCUUCACCUGAAGUGAUAAACUACCUGGGUAACAAGGCAUGUGAAUGUUACAUUUCCAUUGCUGACUGGUCAGCUGUUCAGGAGUGGCAAAACAUGGUCCAUGAACUGAAGAAGAGCAAUAGUAAUACCUCAAUCAAUCUGAAAGCAGAUUUUAACUACAUAAAAUCUUUGAGCAGCUUUGAGUCUGGACAACUUACUGAGUGCACUGAACAACUAGAAUUACUACCAGGAGAAAAUAUCAACCUGCUUGCAGGGGGAUCCAAAGAAAAAAUAGACAUGAAGAAGCUCCUUCCUAAUAUGCUGAGUCCUGAUCCAAGAGAACUUCAAAAAGCAGUUGAAGUACAGCUUUUGAGAAGUUCAGUAUGUCUGGCAACAGCUGCAAACCACAUAGAUCAGGAGCAAAAGUGGCAGUCAAUAUCUGA